UCAGUAUCAUCAGCAUCAGCACCAGCAUCAUCAUCAGCAUCAUCAUCAGCAUCAGCACCAGCAUCAUCAUCAGCAUCAGUACUAUUUUCAUCACCACACCCAACAAUUGUGUCAGCAAAAUCCUCGAUACCGUCCCUUUCUUCAGCAUCCUCGUCAACGCCAUCAACGUCAUCAGCACCACCACUUCCAUCAAUAGAAUCAGUGUCAUCACUACUACCACCCCCAUCACCACCACCACCAUCAUCACUAUCAUCACCGUCAUCAGCAACAACAGGGCAGCCGAGUUACCUGCCCUACACUCAACAGGUACUGUCUAUAUCAGGUGGAACGAUGGAUACUACAGACCUCUCAACCAGCAGUUCCAGUCGUAUUGCUGGAACAUUCCAAGUCAGCAGCUACACUGUGAAGAGUGACCUUAUUCGUGAAAACAGUACUUCAGUAGAUGGGCAGAAGUCGGCGUCAACAAAGAUGGCAGUCAGUGAUGUUUCCGAUGAUUCACGCACAGAUAGUAGCCAAUGGACAUUCCCCACAGCCGAUUCCUCCAUCGAAGCCAGUGAAGAAAUAAGCUCACACAUCUCUUCGUCCAGCAACACUGCCUCCUAUGCCAACGACACUAAUGAGAACGAUAGUGAAUCAUCCUCAACUAUUUCUACUCAACACACUGGCUGGAAUAACAUGGUGUGA